AUGGCGAGCUCGGCACGCUACAACGCGCUCCGCGCGGCGCUGGGUCCUGGAGAGCUCGAGAGAAUACGGCAUGCGCGCAUCCUUGUAGUAGGUGCAGGCGGUAUUGGGUGUGAGCUGCUGAAGGAUCUCGUGCUCGUGGGCGUUGGCCAUGUGGACAUUAUCGACCUGGAUACCAUUGACCUGUCCAAUCUGAACCGCCAGUUUCUCUUCCAAAAGCAGCAUAUCCGGCAAAGCAAGGCUGUGAUCGCGAAGGAGACUGCGUCUGCCUUUAACCCUGACGUGUCGAUUGUGGCGCACCACGCCAACAUCAAGGCGCCCGAGUUUGAUAUCGCCUUCUAUGCAUCCUUUGACGUGGUGCUCAAUGCUCUGGACAACCUGGAGACACGCAGGUGGGUGAACCGCAUGUGCGUGAUGGCGCGCGUGCCGAUGAUCGAGAGCGGCACGGCCGGGUUCCUCGGUCAAGUCCAGCCGAUCCGCGUGGGUCACACGGAGUGCUACGACUGCACGGCCCACCCGACGCCGACGACGUUCCCCGUUUGUACCAUUCGCUCGACCCCGUCGACGCCCGUGCACUGUAUUGUGUGGGCGAAGAACUGGCUCUUUCCUCAACUGUUUGGCAACGACGCUGAGGCAGAGGCCGACGAGCAAGAGCUCGACCAAGCGCAGCAGCGCGGCGAAAACAGUACGUGCACGAUACUUACCCCAGUCCAGGAACUCGAGAAUCUGCGCCGUGAGGCGCAGGAGAUGCGGGCACUGCGCCAGGCAGCUGCGAACCGUGCGUCCGCGCGCGAGGCCUGCGAGCGCAUAUUCGACAAGGUGUAUCGCGCGGACAUGGAGCGCCUGCUGAGCAUGGAGGAUAUGUGGGCGCACCGGCGCAAGCCGGUCCCACUGUCGCUGGCUCAGGCGACGCAGGCCGACCCGGAGACGGCCGCCGACUCGUCCGUCCCGACGCUGCGGGACCGGCGGCCCUUGACGCUGCGCGAAAAUGCGCUGCUGUUCCUCGACUGUGCCGAGGCCUUAGCAAAGCGUGCCAUCGAUGCGCCACAGUCAUUUGAUAAGGACGACGACGAGGCCCUCGGCUUUGUCACAGCCGCCGCGAACCUGCGGGCCCACGUGUAUGGCAUCCAGGAGCAGACGCGCUUCGAGACGAAGCAGAUUGCUGGCAACAUUAUUCCUGCGAUCGCCACGACGAAUGCCAUGGUGGCAGGUCUUGUCACGAUGCAGGCCCUGCAUGUGCUGGCGGAGCGAUGGGACGCACUGCGCGUCAUUAGUCUCGCUCGGCGCGCCACGCGUGUAUUUACCACGUUCGCUCCCGCGCCCCCCCAUGCAGAAUGUGGUGUGUGCCAGGACGUAUUUGUCCGCGUGGCCGUAAACCCCGCAGACGCCACGCUGCAGCAUCUCGUCGAUGUCGCACGCCAGGAUUUGGGGUACGGCGACGACGCAUUCUUCUCCAUCUCGGUGGGCACGCGCAUCCUCUACGAUGCCGACCUGGAAGACAAUGUGGACAAAACGCUGCAGGAUCUACAUGUGGAAACGACAGAUGUGGUGUCGAUUGCGGACGAAGACCAUAUGAAGGCUACUGCGCAGCUCGUACUGGAACGCGGAUCGGAGCCGUGCCGCGUCCUGGACCGCGUGUCGCUGCCCGAGAAGCGCCGCGCGGCGCGUCCUAUCGCCAGCGAUGCUCAGGAGGCCGACGAGGUCCGGGCCAUCUCUCCCCCGCCGGUCCCUGCCGCGCCGCGCGAGGCGCCUGCGAAGCGCGCUCGCGAGGCUGACGAAAGCGAUACGCGAACGAAGCGUGUCAAGGCCGCCGACGAUGUGAUUGUGCUGGACUAG